GUAGCGCGGCGCUGGGGCAUCCAGAAGAACCGGCCAGCCAUGAACUACGACAAGCUCAGCCGCUCCCUGCGCUACUACUAUGAGAAGGGCAUCAUGCAGAAGGUGGCCGGCGAGCGGUAUGUCUAUAAGUUCGUCUGCGACCCCGACGCCCUCUUCUCCAUGGCCUACCCUGACAACCAGCGCCCCUUCCUGAAGACGGAGCCUGACUGCCCGGUGCCGGAGGAGGAGACGGUGCCGCUGACGCACUUCGAGGACAGCCCGGCGUACCUCCUGGAGAUGGAUCCCUGCGGCAGCCUUCCCUACGCGGAGGGCUUUGCUUACUGA